AAAAGGCACCUUUAUUGUCUGUUGCAUGCGGUUGCCUGGCAUUGUGUUUAGGUUCUUAAAGUUGACGACUAUCAGGUUCUUCUUCUUGAGAGAAAUUGUUAUCAGCCCUUAACUGUUAAUAUCUCCCUUUGCGGGGCAGAGUGACGCUUUUUGUCUGUUGCCUGUGGUUGCCUGGCAUUGUGUUUAGGUCCUUAAAGUUGACGACUAUCAGGUUCUUCUUCUUGAGAGAAAUUGUUAUCAGCCUUUAACUUAAUAUCUCUGCAAGAUUCGUUCGUUUUGUCCUAAAACGCGUCGAUUAAGCCUAAAUUCAACGAAUUCGGUGAACAGUGAGCUCUCCUCUAGUAUUACCACUGAACAAUUGACAUGGAUGAAAUUACGCAAUUGGAUUUAUAUGGAUUGCUUGGUGUGGCAUCAACUGCUUCCAUAUCAGAGAUCAAAAAAGCGUAUCGAAAAAAAGCCUUGACAUGCCACCCAGAUAAAAAUCCAGAUAAUCCUAGAGCUGCUGAAUUAUUUCAGGAGCUCUCACGGAUUUUGGAGAUAUUAACUGAUGUAAAGGCUAGAGCAGCCUAUGACCAAGCUGUUACUGCCAGGAACAAAGCGAAGGAACGCAUUAGACAAUUUGACAAGAAAAGGAAACGAUUUAAAGACGAAUUGGAGGCACGAGAGGAAGCUUUUAAGAGAUCAUUUGAUGUACCUAAGGGCAAAUCUGAAGAGGACCCUUUUAAGAUGACCAUAAAGGAAUUGCAAGACUGGUAUAAAAAAAUGGAAGAAGAAAUGAUGUUCACGCGAAAACUUUUUUCUGAAAAGCUUUGUAAAUCAGACAAUUCAAUGUCCAACAUAGGAGAUUUUCGAAUCAAACUUAAAUGGAAGGUACAAGAUGGUUCUACGAAUGGUGGAUACAAUUAUGAUAAUUUGUAUCAAAUGUUUUCCAAGUAUGGCAACAUAGCAGCCCUUGUUAUAUCAUCUACGAAGAAAGGUAGUGCCAUGGUAGAAUUUAAAGAAAAAAAUGCAGCAGAAAUGGCAGUUUCAACAGAAAUAGGAUUAGCGAAAAACCCAUUAACAUUGCGUGGUUUGUGGGACACACAGAAACGUUCUACCAAUAUGACAUCACAUAAUGCAAAUUUUAAUACUGGAAAACCUACAUUUCCUGUAACCACAUUUCUUAAUAGCACGCCAUGCGCGUCUGUCAGUUUUUCUGCUGCCCCUGAUAUAUUUAUGCAGCAGCAACCAAGGAUGUCGGACGCAGAAUAUGAAAAUUCUGUAUUAACCAAUUUAAGGAGAACGCAAGAGCGUAAACGGCUCAUAGAGGAACUGAAGGCACAGGAAGACAUAGGGACUGAAGAAACUUGAUCAAUGGUAUUGAGAGAACUUGUACAUAUUUGUGUAUUUAUUUUUCUAAGUAAGAAAUAUAUCUAUAUAAAAUAAAAAAAUAUCUAUCCUUAA